GCAAUCCUCCGGAGCAGCGAGGGGUCUAACCGUACCCUGAGCCCGUCCCCGCCCCAACAGCGGUCCCCCCGGCCUGUGUCGGGAGCCGCCCCUUAUAUCCGCCCGCCCGCCCGACAGCUCAUCCCGGCCGACGCCCUCAGCCUCAACAAGGUCCUGGGGGAGGGCGACUUUGGCGUGGUGCAACAGGCUGUCUGGACCACCGACUCCGGGGAGAAAGUCCAGGUAGCGGUGAAGCGUGUGAGCCGUGAGCGCGUCAACACAGACUCCCAGAGCCUGCUCAAGGAGGCGGCCAUCAUGCAGGAGCUGGACCACGAGCACGUGGUGCGCAUGUACGGCGUCGUCAUGGAUACGGAGGAGAACAUCAUGAUGGUUACAGAACUGGCCCCUAUGCGCUCCCUCCUGGAGUGCCUGAAGGACCCCAGCCUCCGCGUGGACCUGCCCCUCCCCCGCCUCUGUGACUACGCCCAGCAGGUCUGUGACGGCAUGGCCUACCUGGAGAACCGGCGGCUCGUGCACCGAGACCUGGCCGCGAGGAACAUCCUGGUCUUUAGCAAAAACCAGGUGAAGAUCAGCGACUUGGGUCUGUCGCGACUGCUGGGAGCCGGACAGGAUUACUACCAGAGCAAGUUCAGCGUCAGCCUCAAGCUGCCCAUUGCCUGGUGUGCCCCGGAGUGCAUCAACUUCCUCAAGUUCACCUCAGCCUCAGACGUCUGGGCCUUCGGUGUCAUGCUGUGGGAGUUCUUCACAUACGGCUUCCAGCCCUGGGCCGGACUCAAUGGCCAACAGGUCCUGGAGGCCAUCUCCCCUCCCAGCGAGCAGCGUCUGGAGCAGCCCGACCUGUGCACACAGGACUACUACAGCCUGAUGAAAGAAUGCUGGACAAACCAGCCACAGGACAGGCCUACCUUUGCCAGCAUGAUGCUCCGACUGCCUCAAUUACGCCCCACCCAAGUGAAGGCCCUCAAGGACUACCCAAGCCCCACUGUGGAGAAAGGCUACAUCUACUACAAGACGGGUGACGUCAUUGUGGUCAUUGAUAAAACGCCCAGCACGUCGUCCCCCCCUGGCCUGGUGUGGCGCGGUGUGCUGAGCUCCGGCAAAAGUGGACUGUUUGACCCCACCAACGUGGUGCCCUUUGUCGAGCCAAAGUUCAGCCCCAUCAACGCCAAGACCAACUCCUUAGCCAGGAAAGAGUCGGGCAGGAAGUCCAGCCGCAAGAUCCGAGCCGACAUGAUCAGCCGACCCCAGAACGACCUUCGACAUACGGGACACAUCGGCUACGACGGUGCAGUCUUUGGGGAUGUGUCCUUUAUUGGGGACAACUACGACAAACUGCCCGUCAAAGUGGAAGGAGGCGGUGCUAGCCGAGGCUCCUCCAUGACCUCCAUCAGCCGUUGCCAUGACAACCCGGACCACAACGGACACAUCAUGCCCAGCAACUCCACAGACUCCCUGGAUAAGCCAACCUCCAACAACGGCUACGGACAGUCCUGGAUCAGCCGCGAGUCCCUCAACAGUCAGUCCACCUUCCACUCGGAGUUACAGGGCAGACAGAGUCCGUCUUACCUGGACGUGGAAGAUGACUCGUUGUUUGCAGACUUCAAAAUGCCAGAUUUGGGGAGUUCGUUUGAUUUCGGCCCAUCUUUCAUGGACGAGGUCCUCAAAGCUCUGGACGAGAAGGAGAAGCAGGUGACCAGUCCCGAGGCCACGCCGACGGGCGCCCCAGCCUACAGCUUCGCGGAGGAGGAGCUGAAGGGAAGAGGGGGCACAAGCUUUCCUCCCAGGCCGGCGCCACGCGGGGAGCUCAAGUCCACUUCCUCCUCCUCCUCUAGCUCAGCACCACCUCUGCCCUCACAGCCCCCGCGGGUGGAAACCCAUAAAGAGAAGAAGCAGGCCAAGGUCAAGCCCAUGUCGGCCUCAGACGAGAGGAUGGUGGACACGGCCCUGGCACGCGCCAAGGAGCUGACCUCCCACAUGAUCGGUGACGCCCGCCAGAGCCCGCCCGUCAGCCCGUCCUCCCACGACAGGUCCGGCUUCUUCGACGAGGACUCCCCAGGGAUUAUCUCCAAGCUGAAGAACUCAAUCCGACGCUCCACCUCGCCCAAGUCAGAGCGAAAGCGAACCUUCUCGGAGGAGCUGGAGAACAAGGCUGACCUUGACGCGGACAUGACCCCAGAGGCUCAGCAGGCCUACAACAUGCUGGUGGUGCGGGGCUCCGUCAAGGAGGGGCCUUCCUCUCCGACUGUGUCCUCCACCAGCUCCUCCUCCUCCCACCACCACGUCAGCGACUUUGUCAGCUCACUGGAAGCAGACUCCUCCAAACAGCAGGACUGGCGGGGCUAUGGCAGUCGAACCAGGAACUUUCCAGAACCAGAAGCAACACCCUCCCCGGAGCCGGAUCUGAUCCGCGACUCCAAGCGCGGGGGCAGCCCCCCUAAGAUAUCUGCCCCGUUCAACGUGUCCUCCUCCUCCGCCCAGGCGGGUGCUGGCUCUGGCUGCGGUCCUCCCCCUCCCAUCCCCUCCUCCCGGCCCCUCAUCUCCGCCCCCCAGCUCCAGCCGAAACCAGUGGGUGUGUCCCAGCCCAAACCGGCCUCCCAGCCCGCCCCUGUCCCCGCCCCCCGCCCUGUAAAACAGCCGGAACCCCCCGGCAAGAAGUCGGAGAUCCCCGUGCCCCGACCGCGCCCGGAGAUCCAGAGAGUGGAGCCCACCGUCCGCCAUCAAAUGCCCGAGUCGCCAGAGAUACCCGCCAAAAGCGAGAAGCGAAUCGACACGCACAUCCCCGUGCCUGCCUCCAGGAAAGAAGACUCGAAAGAACGAGAGAGGGAGGAACUCAAACGAACAAUUGAAAUCGUUCGCGUGGAGGACAGCAACAGCUAUCUCCGCGGUGACGACAGCUUGGAGAAAGUGUCCACCUCGUUUGACCGCACGUCUGCCCGCUCGUCCCAGAGGUCUUCUCUCGAUCGCUCGGACAACACAUCGGAGAACGCCGAGUCGGAGCGCGCCGAGUGGGAGCACAGCGAGUACUCCUCGGACAGCAGCAAGCCAGGCCGCGACUCGGACUCGCGGGCCAACACGUCGCUCAGCUCGGUGGAGCGCAGAGACUCAUUCAACAAGAAGCAGACGUCGCUGUUUGAGGAGGACUUCAGCGAGCCCUCCCCGCAGGAGAUCAUGAGCAAGCUGCGGGAGAGACGACUCAACCGACACCUGGACCACCAGCGGGCGCUUUCCGGCGACGGCGAAGCUUCUUCCUCAGCCUCCGCGGCGGGCAGCUCAGCCUCCAGCCGCCCACGGCCCACCGCCCGCGAACCUCAAGGUAUCCCCGGGCGGACGGCCAGCGUGGAUCAGGACGAUGGCCGCGCGGACCAAGAGGAAGAGGAAGUGGACACCAACCCUCUGCGCAUGCUGCGAGGCGGGGCUAUUCCCAUCCGGACGGCUGGCAGGGGCUCCGCAGGUACGGGUAAUCACCGUGGCAACCGGGGGGCGACAGCUGCCGCCCUCCGCGUGCCUCGGCUUUAUUUCUCCUCUAGUCAUCUUUCCAGAACCAAGCCUGAAGGGGGCCAGGAACAGCUGACGGUGGGACCAGAGGCCUCCUCUACGCAUGUCCUGACUGCUCAAGGUUCUCCACCCAGAGGUCACAGUUCAACACCUGGGGGUCAGAGUUCAACGUGUGUGAGCAGCAGCAGUGGGAGAGGAUCGAUGUCGGAGAGGGUCAAGGUCAAGGGGGAGGAGAGUACGGCCGAGUUCACCCGAGAGCUGGAGCGCUUGACCCACACGCUGAUGGAGGGCGACCUUGGGGAGGUGGCGAGCCUGGUGCUGGCAGACACGCCCCUGGACAGGGGUCAGGGGGCACAGGGGGAGCUGAGGAAGUUCUCCGCCUCGGGCUGCCAGAUGGAUCUAAGCCAGGUCCUGCCGCCCACCCACGCCCACACCCACCCCCACCACUUGCCCACCACCUACUACCACAACGAGCAGAACAGGCCGGCGCCGGCCGUACCUCGGUCUUAUGGCCGUGACGGUAAAGUGGAGAGUGUCGUCUCUCCGCCUCUAACCCCUUCCUGGUCUCAGUCUGGUGGGGGAGAGAUAUUGGAGAGUGUUUUUGCACCUCAAGCCCCAACUUGGUCCCGUUCUGGUGGUGGAGAUAGAAUAGAUAGUAUAAUAGUAGAAGGUCAGAUAGCUCCGAGUCAGCAGAGUCCCGUGGGCGAUAAUCGCGAUGUCCCUCCCCGCCUCCCCCCUAGACGAAGCCAGUCGGUCAGCGAGGACCCGGAGAAGGAGAUAAAUUCCCACGUCUCUCGUCGGAUGUUGCGAAGGAGUAAUAGUUUAGAGGGUUCCGACUCCCCUCCCGCCCUGCCCCCUCGCGACCCGCAGCCCGCCGCUUGUCGCACGCCGCUCAACGCCAGGCCGAGAGAGAGGAAGCAUCCUCUCCCCCCCACCACCCCACAGAGCCCACAGCCCCACACCCUCCCCUCCUCCCCCUGGGCGGAGAAGCGCUCGGCAAAGCUGACCUCCCACUCCAUGAUGACGCGCUCUCUCGACUCCCAGAUGCACCCGGCGACCCCCGCGCACCCCUCCUCCCAGUUGUCCCCGCCCGUGUGCGAGAGCAAGUGGAGCUCGGUGGACCUACCCCCGACCUACGACAUGUCUGUGUCCUCGGAGAGCCACGUGGUGGGGGAGACUGUGGCGGACACGGAGCCCACACACAUGCUCCUGGACCCCCACAUGUCCCACUUGUCCCACCAGCCCCUGGCGGUCAGCCUCCCGCCGGCCACAGACUUCACGCUGCCGGGGGAGGAGCCCACCCACGUCUCCCUCUCCUCCAUCACGCACAACAAACACUCGUGGUCGGCCGCCUUCACCUCCCCCUCCCCCCUCUCCCCUCCCUCGUUCACCUCCACUCAACAGCCCCCUCCCCUCUCUCACUCCUCGCGAAUGUCGCCCGGUAAAAGCUUCCACCGUAGUUUGAGUCACACCUACGGCCAGGGAGGGACCACCUCCUCUUCCUUUGGGGUAUCUUUGGCUUUCCCACAAUGCCCUAGUCUCGCAGAGAGCCAGAGUCCGCCCGCCGACCUCCCGCCCGCUCCCCCCACCCCGUCAUAUCGAGACAAAUUAGGUCUAGAUCCGCCGCGUACAAAAGUAGUCCGAAGCAUUUCCUACACCGCAGAGGGUGUGCAGCCCCCCAACCGGCCAGAAGAACUGUCCCUCUCUCACACCACCUCCAACAUGCGCAAGAGGCAGAAGAAUUGCGAAGAGGUAGAAACAUUGCUCAAAGUGUUCCCAAAUGAGGUGAGUGUGGAGGAGUGUACAGUUGCCCUAGAGAGCAGCCAGUGGGAUGUGAGUAAAGCCACCAAGUACCUACAGCUCAAGCAGCUUCUGUCCCUGGAGCUGGCCGACGUCCAUCGCUGCAAGCAGGCGCUGCUGGCCUCUGGCUGGCACGUGCACCGCGCGGCCGACCUCCUACUGCAGCAGAACAACACCCUAGCCUCGACUACCACGACAACCACCAGCUAUACACCGACGGCACUCCGCACCACCACCACAUCAUCAUCGUCGUCGCCAUCUUCAUCGUUAUUGUGCUCAUCAUCGGUGGUGGAGCCCGUGGCUGUCAGUGCGUCGUCAAAUGUGUUGUCACCAGUGUCAGCUUCGUUAUCAUCAUCAUCGUCGUCAUCAUCAUC